AUGUUUGCGAAUGAAACUCUCAAAGUCCUUAAUCACUAUCGCGCGAAAAGAUACUGCUCAAACCUCACUCCAGUGCAAAAACGUUGUAUGCGAGAGGUACGAGACCUGAUAAGGUUGAAAACCAUAAGACUUUCCGCUAGUGAUAAGGGUGGAGAGUUUGUCGUAUUUCCUAAUCAGUUAGAUGUGGAGAUAACGAAGAAGCAUCUUGAAGAUGCUUCGCUUUAUCGCCCAUCAUCUGAGGAGGAAUUCAAAAGUAAAUACCGAAAACUAAACCACGAAUGGGCCAAAAUGGCAAGGGCUGCUGGUUUGAAACCAUCAGUUAUCUCUCAACUUAAAGUUGUCUUACCAACAUGCCCCGUCUUGUACUUACUUAUAAAAAUUCAUAAGUUAGUAUCCAACGAUGAUCUUGCGUCUAACGAUCCAUCACUAUUUAAGGUUAGAGCUAUCAUUAGCUGCAUAGAUGGGCCAACGGACAGGAUAACAUAG